AUGCCCGAAAAGAAAAAGCGAGCUGCAGCCGAGCCAGAUUGGGCAUCCGACAGCAAUCCCCGAGACGUCUUCCUUAUCCCUCAGGACCCGGAGAAUAAUAACGACCAGGCCAGGAUUAGGCAGCUCCUUAAAAAUCGUGAUACCGCCCUCGCAGCGUGUAAUAUCCCCCGCGGAUUCCAGGAGAUCCGGGCAACCGGCCUGGGCUUCACGGCCUUUUACUACGUCAGUGGUCUGGGAGAACAAGCGAAGCGAUUCUUUGCAUCCAAGGCUGUCGGUGAGGUCGUGAUAGCCUAUGAAAUCGGGCAAAGGUCAACUACGAAGCGGGAUGCCAGCGACAAAACGCCAGAUAAUGGCUUCUCCCUCUAUCACAGGAAAAGGGAGGAUGAGGAAUGGUCUGAGUCCGGGUCUGAAAAAGACGGCAACAACAAUAUCAGAUCCCCUUCCGAUGAAACCGCCGCAGUCUUCAACGGCACAGAUGCCCACCUGGACCGGCUUCUCAAAAGGGAUAUCGCAGCUGACUCAGAUACGAAUUGGCAUCUUUCCCAGAUUUCCACGCCAAGAGGGAUUAAUUUCAACGACGAAGACUCUCUGACUAAGCACUCACCAAACAUAGCGGAUCCAAGUCAAGGCAAGUUCUUCUGGUCGUUUGAAGAUAGCCUUGGUAGAGGCCAGACGAUAUACAUAGUAGAAGCCGGCUGGAUGAGCGCCAGUAGCGAAUACGCACACGUGAACCCUAGAGCGCUCCCAUUCCAAACGUGGGGCCCCGCGUUCGCACCCAGCACGGCGAACGACGAGCACGGGUACUUGGUCGCGAACUAUGCCGUUGGCAAAACGGUUGGCGUCGCGAAAAAUGCCAAUUUGGUCCAUGUACCCGUAAAGGUGAAGACAACCCCAGUUGUGGGUACGGAGUCGAUGAUUGCUGCUUUUGUAUCAAUCGCCAAUGACCUGGUUGGAAAAGCCAGAGAUACAGCCGUGGUCAACAUAUCUGCGGGAAUCAAUCGAAGUAAUCAAUACGAUCCUCUUAUAUUGGAACUUAUGACUUUGCUUAUGCGGAAGAUGGAAGCCGAUCUCGGGGUUGCGUUCGUUGCAGCCGCUGGAAACGCUCCUACAGUAGUGGACACCAUUCCACAGCUGCUCUCGGGCGAUAUGGCCGGCAUGUUAGUGGUCGGGGCCACGAAACCAGAUGGACAUGCGUGGGAGGACAGCUCGUUCGGCAGUAUUGUCGAUGCGUGGGCCCCUGGUUACCUGCUGCCACUUCCACAGGCAAACUUCCUCACCACAGAUCCAUUCAAGAAAGAUGGUACUGCAGUGGGAACAUCAUUCGCUGCCCCUCAGGUGGCCGGUCUUAUUGCUUACCUGCGAGGGUUUUCGAACUACCCAGGGGACAAGUCGCCUGCCGCUAUUAAGAAUGUUAUCGUUCAUAUAGAGCGACGUCUCAGCUACAGCCCCGAGGGAGAGAACUCGGACAGGCCAGCCCAGAUGAUUUACAACGGCCAGCUACGCCCGGGCUCCAACUGUGGCGAACCGGGUGCGAAGCGGAAUCUAUUCGGCCGGCAGGCCUGCCCACUGCCGGGCGGUGGUGGUGGUGGUGGUGGUGGUCCCGGAACCGGCCCGUCGCGGUUUGGCCCACCGGUCGUGUACAGACCUGGUCCGGCCGGUCCACUGUGUACCGAAAUUUGUGGAAAGCUGUGUUCCGGCUACUACUGUAGCCCAACCCCCACCGGCACGCCUCCUGACUUCCUGCCUCCCGGCACGGAACCCACGCCCACCGCACCUCCUGGACAGGUUUGUCUCUCCUCAACUACAACAACGGUAUGCAACGGCGGCCCACGUGGCGACGUCUGCCACGAAACCAUGGCUUGUGCUAGUUUUGGCACUGGGCCUCCUAUAACCACGCCCACGACCACGUCCACUUCGUCUGGUCUGCCCGGACUGCCUGAUCUGCCUGACCUGCCUCCGGAAGAAGAACCACCAUAUAGCGGCGACGGCUGCGCCUCGUAUAGCACUACGGUCCGAUGCAACGGGAGCGGCGGCGGCCAGGCAGCUUGCCUGACCCAGGCACUCUGCGUGCCGACGCAGCCGUGUGUGCCGACCUUCGCCGCUUCGGGCACGCCAGUAUGUACCGAUUCAGAAUACCCGUUGUGUAUCCGUACCGUGGUGAGAACCCGAUGCGCGCGUGUGAUUGCUACCCCGUUGCUGGCGCGCGAUGCCCUGCCCACUGCCACUCCAACAAUCACCUCAGGUUUCCUCGCCAUCCGCUCACCUUCGCCUUUGUCUUCACCUUCGCUCGAGGCCAAGCCAGACCCAGACUCAGACUCGGACUCAGACUCGAAAGUAAUAGAGGAAGAAGAAGAAGAAAACGAAAAGAGGAACGAUAAAGAAAAGAACCAAACCCUUUCGCAGCCGUGCGAGUUCCAGAGCCCGAACCCAUCUGGCCCCGCCGCGCUGUUCCCCCGCCAGGAAGCCUGCGGCAGCGCGAACGGCGGGUGCGACUACCUCCUGUUCUGCGACCUGUGUGCCAAGCAAGAAUUCGUUCCCUGUCUAGACAGCCAUAUCUCCGCAUACACAGGCCCCUUUGAAGGAACAGAUGUGGUAGCGACUGUGAAAGAGGACGGCGUUGAGGUGUGCAAUGCUCAAAUCCACUGCGGGAUCUGGGACAACGAUUGCAACGGCAUCGCGGACUAUGAUUGCGGCGACAGCUACCGUAUCACUUGGAGGUGGGAUCAAGAUGUAUAG